AGCUAUGUCCUCACUGACCAGUGUAAAAAAACAACAAUCCUCAAGGGCUCUAAUCUAUUUUCUAUUGUCUCUUGUUUUCUGCCUACCUAUAGCAGCAUAAUGAUUUCCACUAUUUCAUUCAAACUACUUUAUAGAUUUUUCUUCAUUUCCGUUUCUAAGAACAACAGUCAACAAACUUGGUGCAAUUUCUCGUGUGACAUUUUUACACAGGAUGGAGUUUUGCAUAAUGUUGUCUGUGACAGUAAUUGAUUUUCAACUAACACUUAAGCUGGGAUGCACAAUAUUGUAAAAAUCAAUCCGUUUAUGGUAACGGCUUAUGUGGAUGUUUUCUCUCUGAGAUUUCCUGAAACAGGGCUCUCUCACUAUAUUGACUGGAUUGUUUGGGAUUUAAAUUUGCAAAUUUCUGUCUUCCUUGUUUUGUCAUCGAACUCUUUGAUCCUUUUCCAAUCAGAGUUAAGUGCUUUCCUCAUCAGGUGUGGAGGAGUCUGGGAGCUUGAUAUUGGUAUUGGAAUAAUUAGAGGGGGAGGAGUUGACAGAUAUCUAGGAAGAGGUAUGAAUGGUCCAAUGAUUGGAUUUCAUAUCACCUGAAAUCUUCAUUAUAGAUGUGGUCUCUAAAUGGAAAAGACAGAGAAAAAAAUAUCAUGGAAGCUGUAAUUUUGAGAUGAUUUUCAACCACCAAACUUUCAAAUGUGAAGGAAUACUUGCCAAAAAAAACCUAGCCAUUAGAUCUGAGGUUUUAUUUAUUUGUUUCUUGAAGUUCAGCUGGCACAGUUUUGAUAUUUAAAAUUUUGGAUUAACCUCUUCCACUGGUUUCAAAGAGAUUGUUGAUCUUUUUAAGCAUUUGUUUAAACCAAGCACUUAGUUGGUGACAUUUGUGCUAUGCUCUGUUCUGAACACACCACCAAAUAAAAAGGAAUUUCAAAACGCUAUCAUUAUUAAAAUCAGAGAAGGGAAAAAAAACAACAAUCCACAACUUACUUAAUGUGUCGUCUCCAGAAUUUGAAAUUACGGGGAUAUUAUUGAUUCAGUUUUAGAGUGAAAUAUUCAUGAUAAGACCUAAGGUCUUUAUCUAUGAAAUCAUUAUGGAUGUCUAUAUUUUUACCAAGGUGAAUUUUACCUAGUGAGAACUUUAUAUGCAAAAGGGAUGACAGCAUAUUAAAAAAGAAUGCAAAACAGUGUGCUCUGGAAAAAGCUGUAUCAUAACCCCGCCCAAUAUGUUAAACCAAAAACAGAGCCGACGGUGCCCGUUUCUGCUCGCCUGGCAAGAGAGACCACCCCUGAGGACUACCGGCGGGGAAGGGGGUCACAGACAGACAGACAACAGACUAUCACCUCCAGCAGGCCGCCUGUUGCCACACAGUUUCCGUCCAAAUAUGCCUAUCUUCCUGACAUCAACUCGCCGCGACCUCCAGAUAGAAGUCUGGUUCCAGUAAAUGGACGGAAACAGAGUCCAGCUGGAUAUAAUCCAAAUCUUGACCUAGAUGCUGAUGAGCGAAUUCGACAACUGGAGGUCAGAUUAAAUGUCGCAGAAAAAUCAAACCGAGCCCUCUUGGAGGAAGUGCUACGAUUACAGGGUGAUAUUAAGACUGCGAAUCGCAGAAAUGACGAAGUGUUACGGGAGGAGAAGGGCUCGCGACACAACCUUGAAUCCGCCAUGAAAAUAAACAACGAACUUAUCACACAGUUAAGUGCUCGAAUCAAAGAAGCAGAAGACAAGUUGUCUGAGGAGAAGUCUGCGUUGAGCUCACUUGUCAAUCACACAAAAGGGGUGGAGCAAGCUGUCAAAAGCAGUCAGAAUGAACUGAUAGCCAAGAAAGAUAUCCAAUCACAAAAAUUGGUAGAAAUGAGGGCAGAGAUGGAGGAAUUACAAGGAGCUAAAAAUCAACUGGAGCGCAUCUGUUUCUCUAUGGCUGAUGACAUCAGAACGCUGAAGAUGAAGGUAGACCAACAGUCUGCUGAAAUAGGAACAGUGUCAUCAGACAUGAGGAACAGAUCCAAAAAACUAGAGGAUGACAACAGAAAUCAGUUGGAUACACUGCGGAAGACAUCAACAAUUCAGUCCCAGACAGAGCAACAAACUACACAACUCAGAGGCCAGGUGGAAACCAGAUUAUCAGAACUUCGUGAUGUCUUGGUGGAUGUACGGGCUAAACAGGAGUCUGAGCUCAAUGAGAGGAGAACACUAGAGCAGCAAAUGUCCAAAAAAAUUUAUGAAUUACAACAAGCAUUAAGUGAAGCCAACAGGCGCAGGGAUGAGGGAAUGCACACGAUGGACAUCAUACUGCGGGAGAAGGACCACGCCAAUCAAGCGGACAAGCUCAAUCUGACAUCCAAAGUUGCUGACACUGUAGAGGAUGUCAACAAAAGGCUCCUCUCUAAGGAAAUCAAAAUGAGGGAGGAGAUGCAGGAACGAUACCUGCAGCUGGAAAGGUUAAUUCAGCAAGAGCAACAAAACCGCCGUGAUGCAGAGAGGGCUAUGCGAGAAGACAUCGAUAGGAAAUUCCUCACCCUGAAACAUGCCACAGAGGAACUUAACCUUGACAUCAAAGAGCAACUCAAGAAUGAAAAAGUCAAAACAAAGGAGACUGUAGCAAAAUUAGACGAGUCCAUUUCCAUAGUGGAGAAACAAUCGGCAGAGAAUAAAAAGCAGUUUGAGAAAGUGAUGGGAGCUGAAAUUAGUCAACGGAAAAUGCAUGAAGCAAGCACAAUUGAGAAAUUGGCCAGUGUCAACGAGAAAUUACAAAUAGCCACCUCCUCCCUGCAGCAGUCAAUAGGGGGGAUAACUCAAGUCAUGAACAGUCAAAACGAAAAGAUGAAGAGAGAAAUCCGUGGAAUGAUGAGUGAACAGAAGGAGGCCAGUACUCGAGCCAUGACAGAUCUUGAUGCUAGAAUGGGAUACAUGAAGACACGCAUGAAUGAAUUCGAGGAUAAACUGGAGGCCAGAGUAGCCACUAUGGUUAAAAAAUUCGAAAACAAAGAGGAAAAGGAACAAGCCGAGGCAACUGCUGUUUUGUCACAGAACCUCCGAGAGAAAGUGGAUGCCAUUUCUAUCUGGCAGGACACCACUCAGCAAACGAUUAAAGAACUGUCCACUAACCUCACCAAGCUACCAGAGGAGCUGUAUGCCUUACAAGAGAAGCAGACUCUGAUGAAAACAGACAUGGACAGCAGAUUCACCUCCGAGUCCGAGGCUAGGUCUAGGGAGAUUGAGCUUUUGAAGGCGGAGCUAGAGACGAUGAAGGAGCGGCACUCUCCUCUCCCCGCCACCAAGUCCGACCUAGAUAAUCUUGCAGCAGAAGUCUCCAGUGAUCCACAGGUACAAGGAAGCGUCCGUAAGCUGGCCGACUCCAUACAGACCGUGAAGACGGUGCUGGGCAUGAAGAUUCAGUCCGAACAGAAACUGCGCCAGGAGGAAAUUCAAAAAUUACAAGAUGAAAUUGCAAUAUUAAGAACCGCACUUGAACCUUUAGUGAAAAAACCAAUUGGGAAAAAUUUCGUGAAAGGUCGAGGAAAUGCGGAAGAUGUUAAUAAGUGGAACGUAGCAAAUGCCUACAGUAAACCGGGACCAGGAUUAAACCGAAAUAAAACCAGAGAUAGUGGUUUGGAAGAGGAUAUCCAAGACAGUUCUGACGACUCCGGUGGAGGGCUCCUGGGAAAGUUUAAACCUAAGGCACCAAAAACGUACGAAUCAACAGAUUCUGAUGCCCCACCUGCAAAACCAGCAGCAAAACAAAAUUACAGUGACUCGGAUGAUGAUUCCGACAAACCAGCUGCCAAAAAGGCGCAAAAGAAGGUAACCGAAGAGUCCGACUCUGAUUCUGAAGCCCCAGCAAAGAAAAAAGCACCAUCUGCAAAAAAGAAGAAGAGACAGAAAAAGAAACCUGUGAGUGAAGACAGUGACGAUGAAUCUGAAGAUGAAAGUUCCUCAACACCACCACCGAAGAAAAACAAAAAGAAACCUAGGGAUAAAAAGCGUUCAAAUAAGAAAAGAGAUUCAAGCAGAAGUAAGUCAAGUGGACGUUCACGAAGCAGAGGAAGGUCCCGGACAAGGUCUAGAAGUAGAUCAAGAAGUCCUAGGAGAUCCUCAAGAAGACGGAGUAGAACGCCAAGCCGAUCUCGGGAUAGGAGCAGAUCAAAGCGAUCGCCUUCGCGGAGAAGAAGUAGAUCACGUGAUAGAUCUAGAAGGCGCAGUAGAACGCCCAGCAGAUCACGUGGUAGAUCGCCAAGUCGUCGUAGAGACAAAACGCCUGAUCGAUCACGCGGCAGGUCUCGAGGAAGAAGCAGAACUCCUAGGCGGUCUCGGUCACGUGGAAGAAGCAGAACUCCCAAACGGUCUAGAUCACGAGGGAGGUCUCGUGGAAGAAGCAGGACACCUAAACGGUCUCGUGAAAGAAGCAGGUCACCAAGUCGACAAAGGAGUAAAUCAAAAAAAAGAAGCAAGUCACCAAAACGUUCUAAAAGCAAACGUAGAUCUCCAUCAGAAUCGCCGAAGCGCAAGAAGACACCAAAAAAGAAAAAGAAAAAAGAAAAAGAACCUUCUACUGAGGAGGAGGAGGAGGAAGAAGAAGAAAAGCCAAAGAAAAAGAAGAAAAAAAAGAAGGAAACGCCUAAAAAGAAGAAGAAAAAUGACAAAGAGGACCCCUGGAAGGCCAACGAAUAUGAUGAAAAAGAAAAAGAAAAAAGGCAAAAGGAAAAAGAGCAAAGAAUGCCGACUGAGUCAGAACCGGAUUCAGAGGAUAGUGUUGAGUUCCGGAAAAAGUCGAGAGCGGCUAGAAACAAGCCAUACGAUGAAGUCUAAAAUAUGCUUUAAUCGUUCCGUAAACUUUUAAAACUUUUGCUGCUGUGAUUAUGAAACAAUAUUGACAUUGUCGUUGUAAAAUGUUUCCAAUAUUUCUCUCAUGUAUUUAAAUAUUCUUUAAUAUUUUUUGAUAUCCUAAAACAAUACAUAACCAGAGUGAUCCUUCUUAAUAGAGAGGUAUUGUUUUUGUACCCCAGUUGUGUGUUUUGCAUGGUAAACAUUUUAACAUAUAGUGUUGAUACAUAUCAUAUAUUUUCUGAUUCCAACCAUAUAAUUUUUUGACGAAUUAGAUAGUAUUUUGCAACGUGUAUAUAACAAAUGAUAUUCUUCACUGUCUUCAAAGAAGUUAAAUAAAAAAGAUUGAUUUUUA